AUGGCAACAAGUCAGGAGCUUGGUUCAGUAAAUCUCUAUGAAAAGGGAGGGGUUCCAAACUCUACGACAGUCAAGAGACGAAAACCUUCGCUUCGUAACUCUACGUUGCUCGAGCGAUUACUUAUAACUCUCUGCCUUUUCGUCGUGUUCACGACCCUCUGGAUCAUACACGACAUUAAUGUUCCACGUAAAGCUGGUCAGUUUUCCGCUGGCAUCUCUCCCGAGGCUUAUAAAUAUGGGCUCUCUAAAUGCGCAGAAAUAAAUCGUGAGCGACCAAGCAACAAAUUUGAAGGCGUUCAGCGCCGCAACCCCCGAUUUGUUCCUGGCACAAAGACCUACGCAUUAACAAAUGGAAUUAUUUUAGAUGGAGUUGGGGGAAAAAUACUGGGAGAUAUAAUCUUAAGAGAUGGUAUCAUUGUUGCGGUCGGUCAAGAUCUUUCGUAUGAUGAAGAUACAGUAGUUAUCGACUUGAAUAAAAAAUUUGUUACUCCGGGUCUUGUUGAUAUGCACAGUCAUCUAGGUGUCUAUUCAUGGCCUGGUUUAUCUGCCACAAAUGACGGAAACGAGGAAUCCGAUCCGCUUACACCUUAUGUUCGCGCUCAGGACGGACUCAAUCCAAGCGAUCCCGGAAUUCGGAUAAUUAAAUCUGGCGGUGUCACAACGUCAUUGGUUCUUCCCGGAAGUGCCAACUUGAUGGGUGGAGAGGGCUACGCGAUUAAAUUGCGACCUGUGGAUACGCUCUCUGUGGACGACAUGAGCGUUACCGCCAACGUAAGCCGAGAUGAAGAAAGAACGUGGCGAUGGUUGAAAAUGGCUUGUGGUGAAAAUCCAAAGAGGGUUCAUGGUAUAGACAGAGGCGUGAUGCCUUUUACUCGCAUGGGAGAGGCAUGGCUCUUUCGAAAACAAUUUGCCGAAGCGAGUGAUUUGAAAAGGCGACAGGAUGAUUGGUGUGAUAUUUCCGCGAAGUUCGGCAAUAGCGAGCGGUUGAAUACAAAUUUUCCAGAGGAUCUUCGGAAUGAUGGCCUGAUUGCUUUGUUGAGAGGAGACGCGAGAUUAAAUAUUCAUUGCUAUGAAACAUAUGAUAUCGAAGCAAUGAUACGACACUCUUUGGAGUUUAAUUUUACCAUCACUGCCUUUCAUCACGGUUUAGAUGCCUAUCGCAUCCCGGACGUCAUAAAACGCGCAAAGGGUAAUAUUACUAUUGCUACUUUUUCCGAUUUAUGGGGUUAUAAGAAGGAGAGUUUUCAAGCAAGCACAAAAUCUCCUAAAAUUUUGAGCGACGCAAACAUCCCGGUAGCUCUCAAGUCUGAUCACCCGAUUCUGAAUGCGCAACACUUGAUAUUUGAAGCAGCAAAGGCCCAUCAUUAUGGCCUUGAUGAAAAACUCGCACUUGCCGCCGUCACGUCUGUGCCUGCAAAUGCCCUUGGCUUGGGUUACCGAAUCGGGCAAAUUUCCGUAGGGUAUGAUGCCGAUGUGGUGGUUUGGAAUAACCAUCCCCUUUCUCUGGGCGCAAGGCCGCUUGAGGUUUAUAUUGAUGGCAUCCCUCAGUUCAACGUCGACACAUCCGUGCUAGAGAAGGAAUCUUUGGAGUCCCGACACUUGAAGAAUAAGUUAAACCCACCGGAACCUCCUCGUAAUACAGCAAAGUCACGAACAGCAACAUCAUUUCUGAUAAAGAAUAUUGGAAAAGUAUUUGUCGAUGAAGAAAACAUAAUGGAUGCAUAUCAAUCAACGGAAGAGAAGAUUAGUAUUAUGGUCAAGGAUGGAUUGAUCAAAUGCAUUGGCACAAAUUGUACUUCCACUGACCAAAUUUCGUCGUACGAAGUGAUUGACUUGAACAAUGGUUAUGUGAUACCAGGCAUAACUGCCGUCGGUUCCAAUCUCGGAUUAUCGGAAAUUGGCGAGGAGUCAGUCACUCAAGAUGGAAUUGUGACUUCAAAUGAUUAUAAUAACGUGAUUCACGCGGUGGAUGGAUUGAAGUUGGGCGGUAAACAUUUGGAGGUCGCAUAUAAAGCCGGAGUGCUCACGGCAGUGACUUCGCCCCUUUCACGUCGUGGGGUUGUGGCCGGGAUAUCUGUUGCCUUCAAAACCGGUGCCCAAACUGGCGGAAGGGUUAUUCUCAAGGAAGCUGUCGCACUUCAUACUCAAAUAGGCGCCCCAUUCAAAGAUGAAAAAGUUCCCACCAUCUCCGGCCAAAUUUCUCUUCUCCGAAAAAUCUUGAUGGCCAAACUAACAAGCAACUCGAGCGACGAUGUGUUUGGUCUCGCCGUACGCGGACGGGUUCCUUUGAUUGUGCACACCCACAGUAAAGAUGAAAUUGCAUCGCUAAUUCGUUUGAAGGAUAGGAUUUCAUCACGCGGAGGCAACGUGCGGCUUGUGAUUUUAGGUGGUGCAGAAGCGCAUCUUUUGGCUCGCGAGUUAGCCCAUCGUAAUAUCCCCGUCGUUCUCCUACCACCACGUCCGACCCCUGAACAGUGGACAGCUCAGAAUGUACUUACCGGGGCUCCCAUUGAUGAUAAAAUGGGAAUCGAUAUACUUCAUGCACACGGAGUGACCAUAGGAAUCGGCGUGAGUGAACCGGGAUUAUCGAGGAAUUUAGUAUGGGACGCCGGUUGGGCACAAAAAAAUUCGGACGGAUUAAUUUCGGAGAAGGAUGCCGUUGGAUUCAUUACUUGGAAUUUUGGAAAAAUUUUUAAGAUUGACGCGCUGAGCAAUGGAAAUGUACUUAUGACUGAAGAUAACAGAGCAAAUUUUGUUGCGUACGACGGAAGUCCUUUUGACAUGAAAACCAGGAUUCGUGUGGUGGCUGGCGGUGGAAGAGAUGUAGCGCUCAUUGAUCCCGACGAGGAAUAA